AGUGAUCGAGUCAACAGUGCGAUAUCAACAAUCAGCAGCGGAAUUGAACGGAAGCAAACGCGACUGUGCGAAUCUGAUAAGGAACGGAAUUCCCAAACGCACGCGAGUAAAAGUAUUUUGGAAAUUUGGAAAAGUAAGUGAAUUGCUUAAUCGUAGUCGCACACAUACACCCACACACGGUUGCAUUCACCCUAUGCUGUAGAUCGCUGCGCGCUAGUACGAGUAUGUGGUGUGCCGUACGAUUGCCUCUACACCGAAAACUGGUUAAUGAGUAAUGAAAUGAAACGCAAGACUCGUCUCGCAGUGCACUAAUUUUUUCAAUUCGAUUUGAUUGUGUUUGAAUUCGAAGUUAGCUUACUUACCUUUUUAAAGUGGCGCGCAAAUUUAGUUGAACGCAGUAAGUCGACGUUUACGGUCGUGUUGUGAACUACCAAGUACAAGUUUCAAGAAUAUUCUAAUGAACUGAAAUUCUACGAAAAUCAUUGAAUAUAAAAUUGUGAGAUAAUAACUUUGUGGAAGGAGAUUAAUUAAUUAAUUAAUUCUGAAAGGAAAACAUAAUAAAUAGUUUAACUGAAAAACAAGUUUAUUUGAAAGUGAACACACAUUUUUGAAUAUUUCAUUAACCCGCGCCUGACGAAGUAGCAGACAGUGAGUGCUGUGCGCAAGUUAACGUAUUGUUAACCCACUUUAUUUUCGAAAGAGAUUUCGAAAUUUCGUUUAAUUAAUGACACAUCACAUGGAUGCCAGCAUAACCAUAAAUAAGGAGCAAAUGGAUCCGUAUAUGAAGGCCAUGCAUACCAAACGCUUUGUGGUGGAGGAUUCAAUAACCAAAGUUACGUCCGAUGGCGAACCACACGAGAUGAUGACCAUGAUUGCUGGACUCUCAGGUCUUUUCGCCGCCAUGGUUAUACUAGCUGUGCUGGUUUCACUGGUGAGCUGCAAGAGCGGCAAAAAAGUGCGCCAUUGCAAAAAUUGUCCGCGCACUGCAAACGGUAAAGCAGACGCAGCACGCACUUGCAGCUUGGAUGAGAACAGUACGCGUUCAUCCAUAUCGACCACUUAUACGCGCGGCACAAGUCUCGAGGAGGGCAAUUCGGUGCCAGCAACACCAAUUUACAAUCCCAGCGUCGCGGUGAUUUCUUCUGGCAAUUUAUCGGGUAAUCUCAAUUCGGCAUUUAUGAAUAGUGAGUUGAAUUUGACGAACACACUGUCGAAACCGAAGAAGAAGACACACUGGAGCGAUGAGGUGAAUGCGCAGGCGCGUGUGAAAGAGACCGCUGUGGAUAUUGAGCGUUUCUGAAGAGGCGAAAGAAAUUUUGUAAAAUAAAAUUGAAUUUAUGCGCAUGCGCGAAUUGUGGUUGUACAGUUAGACUCUCAAAAGCGCUGGUGGAAUUGUGAAGACUGAUUUGUAGAGUUUUUUUCACGGAAAACUUCUUUUGUUCGUUUUUGUUAUUUGUUUUAGUUAAGUAGCAAUCAAUAUAUAGAAAUUUAAGCACCAAAAGUUAUAAAAUAGAAAAAAUAUUACUAAGCAAUAUAAUUAAACACACGAUUACCUGAUAACUAUAAAUAUAUAAUACUUGAGGAAUUUUUACUAUAAGCACCGUUAAUCUCUAUAAAUGCAUUUCAGCUAUGAAAAUAUUAUAAAAACUAUUCUUAU